UUUUGUGUGUCGUUUUCUUCUUGUCAAAAAAAACAGUGAAAAAACUUUUAACCUCAAUUUUUUUAAAACUUUUAACCUCAAAUUACGAGUGUUCCUGUUUAAUUCGAAUAAUGAUAUAAAUUAUAAUGAACAUUUCGCAAAUUAACACACAAGGAAUAUAUGAUGCUGGAACCUUAUGCCAAGACCCUGACACCAAAGGCUUUGAUCUACAAGCUGGUCAGUCAUGGAUUUACCCCACAAAUCUUCCCGUUCGAGACUACCAGUACAAUAUUACUCAACAAGCCUUACACAAAAACACUCUAGUAAGCCUCCCUACAGGUCUUGGCAAAACUUUUAUUGCGGCAGUCGUUAUGUACAAUUUUCACCGCUGGUAUCCCUACGAUAAAGUCAUUUUCAUGGCCCCCACGCGACCCCUCGUCAAACAGCAAAUGGAUGCAUGUUACAACAUCAUGGCAAUCCCUGAAGACGUUACGGCUGAGCUUACAGGCACCAAAAUUCAAAAAUCGCGGCCUGAAAUUUGGCAAAAUAAAAGAGUUUUCUUUAUUACACCACAAGUUUUACAAAACGAUCUCUCGAUAAUUGUCGAGUUGGGUGGGAAAAUUAAAUGUCUGGUGUUUGAUGAAGCACAUAGAGCGAAAGGUAAUCACGCAUAUUGCGAAAUCAUACGCAAAUUGACAGAGAAAAAUAAAUUAUUUCGGGUGUUGGCGUUGAGCGCCACUCCAGGAAAUAGUUCAAAGGAUGUCUUAGAAGUUAUGGGGAAUUUGUUGAUCGCACAUUUGGAAUAUAGGAAUGAGGAAAGUCCAGAUGUGAAACCGUAUGUGUUUGAAAGGGCGCUUGAGACUGUUGUUGUACCUUUAGGGGACAAGUUGCAACAAAUCAAGGAUCAGUACAUUCAGGUUUUAGAGAAAUAUACCAAGACUUUAAUUCAGAAUAAAGUGAUUUAUGGAAGUUGUACUAAUUUCACUAAGGGUAAAAUUUUUAUGGUGAUGAAGGAAUUCAAGGCCAAAAAUUCAGCCAAUAGAACGGCAAACUAUGGAGAAAUCAUAAAAUGUUUGAAUAUUUGUGUCACUCUCUAUCACGCUUAUGAAACUCUUGUUCGUUGUGGCUUAAGGGCGUUUUUGAAUUUUUUUAAAGAACAUAUUCACAACCCUUUGUUACAUGGAAAUGUGAGUUUAAUUCAGAUAAUGGACGAUCUUCAAGAAUACUUAGGUCCUGACCCUGAAGUCCAAUCUCUUCCUGAUGGGACUUACGCUGAAAUUCCUGAGUCAAUAAAAUUCGGUCACCCAAAAUUCUACCAACUUCGAGACAUACUCAUUGCCCAUUUCAAAAAUUCGGAUUCCUCCACACGAGUGAUUGUUUUUUUCGAGUACCGAGAAAGUGCCACCGAAGCUUAUGCUUUGCUUACUCGAAGUUUUCCUAUGAUCAAGCCACGUGUUUUCGUUGGUCAGCGCUCUGGAGUGACACAAAAGGAGCAAAUAAAUACGGUCAAAGUUUUCCGAGAGGGAACUUGCAAUACGCUCCUGUCGACCUGUAUAGGCGAAGAGGGCCUCGACGUGGGCGAAGUCGACUUAAUUGUAUGUUUCGAUAUCGCUAAUAAAUCUCCAAUUCGAAUGAUACAAAGGAUGGGAAGGACAGGCCGCAAAAAAGAAGGCCGUGUUGUGGUUUUAGUUACAGAAGGGAAAGAGCAACAAACGUUAAAAGAUUGUUUGAUUUACAAAAAUAACUUGGGGAAUUUUGCAACAAAUUCGGAACUGUUAGAACAGGGGAAAUACCUAGACAAUCCCAAAAUGAUUCCUUCGUACAUACAACCAAAAUGCCAGAAAAUGUUUAUUACUGUUAAAAAACGCGCCUUAACCAAAAACAGUAAUUUGAAAGAUAUGUUUCGAAACAUGUCUGAUGGACCGAAAUUCAGUGAAGAUCUAGAAAUUGUGGAAAUUCAGGAACGACUCAGUGAUAAUAUUGAUAAUUUCUAUAAUAAAACUAAGGACGAAUUUCUCCAAAUACAAAAAAAGCCCAAAAUUGAUUUUAGCAAACAAUUGGAAAAACAAAGGGUGUUUCAAGCUAAAGAAAUGAUAAAACCGUCGAAACAAACCGAAAUUUUCGUUACUUUGCUACAAUUUGCUGAUUCUAAACGUUACAAUCUACCAGUAGAACAAAAAUCAAUAUUUAGUGAUUUUAAUCAACAUAAAUGUUUGAAACAAGGUGAUAUUAGAAGCAUGUUUGCCAAACCCAGUGUCAGCGUUUUGAGUCAAGAAUUUCUGCCAUCGAGCCAAAAAUUUGAUUCUGGAAAAGACGUCCCACAAUCAUAUCCAUCUGAAUUCUUUGAAGAAUUGUCAACAUAUUUAUCAAUACAGGACUCAAUGAAAGACACCCACAAAACGUGGGAAUCUUUAUUUGCGUGUCCAAAAAUCAACUAUUAUAAACCUCGUGAAAUUUUGGAUUUAAGCACUUUUGUCGUGCCUGAUUUAUCUGUCCUUGAAAGUAUUACCGUCCAAAAUUUGGAAGCCUUCACUGCUUCGUUAAUCUCAGAAUCGCAAACAAAACAAGAUGUGUUGAAAGUGGAUGGGGUUUUUGACGAUAGUCUAUUGAGUCAAUUGGAUAAAUUAGAAGAGAAAAUGUAUCAAGAGAAAACUGAACCGUAUGGGAUUCCCAGAAACUUCGAUUCCUUUUUAGACUCGUUUCGGUUAUGUGACGAUAAAGAAAUUCAAAAAAGUCCAGAGAAAGUUGCCGAAAAAUCAUAUGUGUUUGAAACGCCAAAUUCGUUCGAUAAAGUUUUGAAUUUACUACAAACACGUCCAGUUGAAACCAAGAAAGUUGUUUCAAAAAAUUUGGCUACAGAAAACUACGAAGAGCUUUUAUCAUUUUUUAAAGUCUCAUCAAUUGCGGAAUUUUUUGAAGAAACACAAGUCGUAGAUUUAGACAAAACUAUUAUUUACACUCCUGAAAAAAAUACAAAAAUCUCACCCAAUAAUACUAGUCCUGAUCUUUUUGAAGGAUCACCAGAUUUAUUUCCAUCUGACGAAAAACAAGAUCUAUCAGUUCUUACCGAAGAAUCCUCAUCUCCGAUUUUAAGCACAAAUGAAACAAUGCAACAUAUAAAAGCAAAAAAGAAGUUAUUUGAAGAAAAGGUUGCGAAUAAACUGAAUUUGGCGAACUUGAAUCAACCACAAAAAAGUUUCUUUGAAACCACAAGAAAUAAACAAAUUUCAACUCCCAAAAAGGAUUCAGAUCGUUUUGAUAUUAGUGAUAUUUGUGACUUGUCUCAGUUUUUUGUAAAUCGAGAAACCUUACAUGAAAAUCAAGACAAGAAAAAGGUUGAACCUGCAAAGGCGGUGGAUUUAGAGAUUAGUGAUAUUUGCGAUUUGUCUGUUUUUGGAUUGUCACAAAACAAUGAAAGUACUGCGAAAGUGAUUGUUAAUACCGAACAAACAAGCAACACUUUUCAUAAUGAAGAGAAAAAGACAAAAAUUGAUUUAUCUAUCGAUGAUUUGUGUGAUAUAUCACAGUUUUUCAAUAAAACUAAAGUGGAGGAUAAAAGUGUGGAAACGGAAACUAAGAAUGACCAAAGUUUUGUAAAACAACUCUCGCAUGUUAACGACAUUUUUGAUUUUUCUUAUUUCCUAUCUGGUUCAAGUGGAGAAACUUCAAAGAAAUCAGUUUUAGAAUGUAAUAGAGCUGAAGAUGGAACAACCACGAAAACACAAACCAAGAACCUUGAUGAAGCUGUUGUUGCUGCUAUCGAUUUAACUGAUAGCGAUUUUGAGUUAAGUCCAAUUAAAAAAUCCUCUGAACAAGUUAAUAAGACUCAACUUUCCAUAACUAAAAGUUUCAUAGCCAAAAGUGGCAGUCAAAAAGAAAACACAACUCCAAAAACAAAAAAAAUUCAACUCUCAACUAACCGCAACCAUUCACAAGCAAAACAAAAGUGUAAGACUCCUAAGACUACUCAAAAGAAAAUUCCUAAAGAGAAAACAUCCAAGUUUAAUAUAUCUCUCGCGGGGGAUAGUGAUGACGAGUUUCAAGACCCAAUCAAGAGUCCGAUUUUUGCAAAACCAAAACCUGUUUCUGAGAAGAAAAAUAAAAUCGACAAACCUUCAUCUUCUAAUGUGAAAAAGAAACGGAAAUUGUUUUGCGAAUUUUUAGAUAACGAAGCCGUCGUGUCGGAUGAUGAGAAAAUUGUCAUUUCCGAAGACGAAGAUAGUGGUGAAGAUUGUUUUGAAGCAAGUUUUGUCGCAGACGAAACAGAGGAUUUUCUUAACAAUACAACUAUGCAUGCGAAAUACUUAGAAUCUGUGAAAAGUCCGGUAAGAGGGAAGUUUAAAAUUCCGACUAAACCCAGAUGUAACGUUUCAAAUGUGUUCUCUCAAGAAGUUAACGAUGCAGAUGACACUUAUAUGAAUGAUUCGUUUUGCGUUGGUAGUCAAGAAGUGGAAACUUGCAACAAUGAUUUGUCCGAGUUGGAAAUUUUGGAAAUGCAGUUGAAGGAAGAAAAACGGAAUAAAAAACGAAAAAAAUCGGACGAUAAAGGUGGUACGAAAAAGAGAAGAAUACUGGUGUUGGACGAUGACAGUGAUUUGUAGUUUUAGUUUUUUCACAAUUACAAAUAUAUUUUUAUAGCAA